AGGAGACAAUCAAGCAGCAAGUUAAGACUUGAAGAAGUGAUGCACGUUCACAGGCCACAACAUUUUUUGCUAAAAGCGAGUGGUUAUGGAACAAACAAAUUUAGAAAAUAAAUAAAUUAAUGUUCAGUAUCAACGCUUUGGAAAAAUGUAUCGCUCGUCGGAAAACGCCUUCAACAUUUCAGGGGAUCCGCUGACCUGGCUUCGCGGGCCCAGAAUAAGCGACGAUUGGUCAACGACAUUUUCGGAGAUCAGCCUCAACAUGAGCGACACCGACGAACCAUUGGAACCAUUGGACGAAUGGUGCAUUCCGCUUCCGACCAUUCCGACGGUGGAUCUGUGCUCGCCCACGCUCAUCCACAACACGCCACCGCUACCACGGAGACGUCGAAGUGUUCUCCGGCUGAUUGCGGCCAACGCCCCCAUCGUGGAAUCGAUUACCCUGGAGGAUACCAUCGUUGAGGAAGUUCCACCGGCGAACGAGUUGCAGGAUGCUGUCACCAGUGAAAAGAUGAAUGCCUCUAACCGGCCGCCAGAGAUCAUUUGUCCGAUCUGUUUGGAGUCGAUUGCCAAGCUGCCGAUCUCGGCCACAAUGUGCGGACACGUGUACUGCACCACGUGCAUCGAAAUGGAGAUCCAGCUGCGGAAAUGUUGCCCCAUCUGCAAAGAGCCGCUGAAGCCGGAGUCGGUGCACCGAGUUUAUUUCAGUUUUGUUUAGAAUAUUGAUUGCCUUUUCGAGUGUGUGAUGUGUUGCGUUUUGUGUUCAAAUAAAUAUUUCUUCCUUAAAUCAUAA